CGCAACGACACAUAACACCAAGUGGACACUCGAUAAGCCUUUCGUCGAACAUGUGGCAGACAUUAGAUUUUCAAAUCCCAACUCUCCCGUCACCGUCGAUCUCCGCCCCUCCCUCCAUUUCUCUCCACCAUUUCCUCCACACUCCACACUCCUCCAAACCUUACAGGAGCAAUGGCGAUGGCCGCCGGACUAGGAACCUCCUUUUGUUCUAUUCCGUCACUCCACCGACUCACCACCGCUACCACCAAUGCCGACUCUUUCUCUUUUCUCAAAUUAUCUUCUCCGUCGUCCUCACUACUCUUCUCCACUAGACUACCUCCAACCAAUCGACAGGACUAUUCUGUAAUAAAAGCUUCUUCUUCUACAACAUUCACCGAGUCUCAAGAUCUGAAGAUUAAUACAAUUACUACGAAGCCGAUCGAAGGUCAGAAAACUGGAACCAGUGGUCUUCGGAAGAAGGUUAAAGUGUUUAUGCAAGAGAAUUACCUUGCAAACUGGAUUCAGGCAUUGUUCAAUUCUUUGCCACCUGGGGAUUAUAAGAAUGCUCUGCUAGUAUUAGGAGGCGAUGGUCGGUAUUUCAACAAAGAAGCUGCACAAUUGAUUAUUAAAAUUGCUGCUGGGAAUGGAGUUGGUAAAAUAUUGGUUGGCAAGGAAGGUAUUUUGUCAACACCUGCUGUAUCUGCUAUUAUAAGGAGGAGAAAGGCAAAUGGUGGUUUUAUAAUGAGUGCAAGCCAUAAUCCUGGUGGGCCUGAGUAUGAUUGGGGCAUCAAGUUCAAUUACAGCAGUGGGCAGCCUGCUCCUGAGUCUAUAACUGACAUGAUAUAUGGAAACACACUUUCUAUAUCUGAAAUAAAGUUGGCAGAUAUUCCGGAUGUUGAUCUUUCAAUUGUUGGAGUUACAAAAUUUGGCAACUUUAGUGUGGAAAUAGUAGACCCUGUUUCUGAUUAUUUGGAACUAAUGGAGGAAGUCUUCGAUUUUUCACUGAUCAAAAGUCUUGUUUCACGAUCAGACUUCAGGUUGACAUUUGAUGCAAUGCAUGCAGUUACAGGUGCUUAUGCAAAGCCAAUUUUUGUAGAUAAACUGGGAGCUACUUUGGAUUCAAUUUGUAAUGGAGUGCCUCUAGAAGAUUUUGGGCAUGGGCACCCUGAUCCAAAUCUAACGUAUGCGGAGGACUUGGUCAAGAUUAUGUAUAGUGACAAUGGACCUGAUUUUGGAGCUGCAAGUGAUGGAGAUGGUGAUAGAAACAUGAUUCUUGGUAGACAGUUUUUCGUGACCCCUUCAGAUUCCGUCGCUAUUAUUGCAGCCAAUGCACAAGAAUCCAUUCCAUAUUUUCAAACUGGCCCAAAGGGUUUAGCACGCUCUAUGCCAACAAGUGGUGCUCUUGAUCGAGUGGCUGAGAAACUUAAUCUCCCUUUCUUCGAGGUUCCAACUGGUUGGAAAUUUUUUGGUAACUUAAUGGAUGCUGGAACUUUGUCAAUUUGUGGGGAAGAAAGUUUUGGAACUGGAUCUGAUCACAUACGUGAGAAAGAUGGUAUAUGGGCUGUGUUAGCUUGGCUUUCUAUAAUAGCAUACAGAAACAAAAGCAAGAAAGAAGGAGAAAAAUUAGUCUCUGUUUCCGACAUUGUAAAGGAACAUUGGGCCACUUAUGGAAGGAACUACUUCUCUAGAUAUGAUUAUGAAGAAUGCGAAUCUGAAGGAGCCAAUGAAAUGAUCAAUCAUCUUAGAGAUUUGAUUUCUAAAAGCAAACAAGGAGACAAGUAUGGAGAUUAUACUCUUGAACUUGCUGAUGACUUCACUUAUACAGACCCUGUAGAUGGGAGUAUAGCUUCAAAGCAAGGUAUCCGAUUUGUCUUCACAGAUGGGUCAAGAAUCAUAUUUCGUUUAUCGGGAACCGGUUCAGCAGGUGCCACUGUGAGAAUCUACAUAGAACAGUUCGAACCUGAUGUCUCAAAACAUGACUUGGAUGCCCAGGUGGCAUUGAAACCAUUGAUAGAUCUGGCAUUGACUGUGUCAAAGCUAAAGGAGUUCACUGGAAGAGAAAAGCCUACAGUAAUUACAUAAGUUCUCUAGUGACUUUUUCAAAGUAAAAGAUUAAACAGUUGUAGGUGUAAGGUGUUAGCUUCACAUAAUCACAUUCAUUCAUCUAGUCACGUGCAUGGCUGUUUCAAUGUUUUUUUUUUAAUCUAAAUAUGUCGAAUUAAUUAU